CGGUGGGCAGCUAGCAGUCUGAACUAUGGAGCAGAUAAAUGAUAUCCAGGUCGUUCCGUGCACCAGCUCCAAUUAUCUAAAACCAUUCAGGGUGCACUAUAGCCAGAAUGGGACAAAGAAAUCGUGGGACUUCAUGCGAACUCAUGACAGUGUUUCGGUUCUGAUCUUCAACACCACCUCGCACUGCUUCGUCUUGGUCAAGCAGUUCCGCCCAGCUGUGUACAUGUGCGAGUGGGAGAGGACCAAGCCCAAGGCACCUGACUCGGGCGAGCAGGCGACGGAGGAGAAAGAGGGGGCUGCGGUCGGGGGCGGGGAGACGCCCCCAGGCUCAGUGGGGAUGACCUACGAGCUAUGCGCGGGCCUGGUGGACAAGGCUGACCUGUCGCUGGAAGAGAUCGCCAGGCAGGAGGUGCUGGAGGAGUGCGGAUACGACGUGCCAGUCGCCAAGCUGCGGAGGAUCACCUCGUACAGGUCCGGUGUAGGCGUGACGGGUGCCAAGCAGACCAUGUUCUACGCCGAGGUGUCGGACGAGAACUGUGUGGGUGAGGGCGGCGGCGAGCCACAGGAGGGCGAGCUGAUCGAGGUGGUCAAAGUGCCCCUCCACGAGGCCAUGACCUUUGCCUAUGAUGAGAGCAUCCCCAAGACCAUGGGCGUCAUCUUCAGUUUCAUCUGGUUCCACAACAACAUGUCGCCCAAGUACAAGAUCUCCACCAACGUUUAACCCACCCAACACCUGUCCCCGUCCCUGCCCCCUUCAGCCUGAGGUGGAAGUUGCAGUUAACCACAGAUCUGGGAUCAAUGACCCUAACCCCUAAGCCUAAUCUAUACAAUUAGGGGGAUGGAGAGAAAAAUCUGACCCUUUGUCAGUGGUUAGGGACAACUUCAAUCUACUCCCAAUCCCUUCGCCUUUGCCCAUAUCCAUAUAAGUUGGCCCCAGGGCGACCGUUUUUUCUUGUUACUAACUGUUAUUUUUCAGAGGUUUGUCUCAUUCUUUUUAUUUUUACUUGGUCUUUACUACUUUUCCUCUAAAACUUGCCAUAUGCUGAUGACCAGCAGCACUUUUCGUUGUUAGUUUUCACUGUAAAUGUAUUACCUUUUCCUCACUGAGAGGUCCAGGGUGCAAUCUCACGAAGAUGGCUACAUGGUAGCGCUCUCGUUCGGAGCUGCUCGUCUACCGUUGAUUGGAUCAUGUUCCAGGAAUGCAAAAAUGUUGUUGCUUAGUCAGCGCCAGGGCUUAUUACAUACGAUGGCCGUUGCUGAGUCUGUUUGAUUACUGCAGCUGGUCCAGGCGCGCCUUGCUUACUUUCUUCACGAUCUACUCCGCCUCGAAGCCAGUGUUUCCCAGUCUUGGAGCGGUGCCGAUUUUAUCCCAGCCCAGCACUAACAUACCUGAUUCCACUAAUUAUUAUGGCUUGAUGGUCAGUUGGGUUAUUGCUGGGCUAAAACACAAAUCUGCUCACCUUUUGGAUCCACCAGGACCGGGAUUGGGAAACACUUCUCUAAGCAAUACUUGAUAGCUGGUAGUUUGAUCAUGGUCUGAUUUUAAAACAAAUCAACAUUUCAGUUAGCAGAGGCGAUUAGAUAAGUUGUAAGCAUUGCAUUGAAUCCAGGGGUGUCACUACUGUGUGCUCCUACGAGGUCACAUUAAAUUGUACGUUCGAUAGAGGCUUCUUUUAACUACCACGGGAAUAUGACCUACCUCUACACUGGGGAGAUUUAUUACAGCAACUAAUGUUGUCACUAUACCAGCACCACAAUACUCAGUAUCACAAUACUCGAAAGUAUUGUAAUAUCAUGAUUCUUCUGAGUAUCAUGAUACUGAGCAUUUUGAUAACACUAGUAACCACUAUAUUAUUAAUUGUGAGAACCCUCUGGUGGACAAUUGCUCUCACAAUUAUACGUGCGUGUUAGCAGGAAGGCUUCACCGAUAUUGCCCGAGAUCAAGAGCGUUAUGUAUAUCUCAGACAUUGUUUUUGAGCAGGGUCAAUGGGAGUUUUGUUUUAGGAAACUGAAAACCUAGCUUGUAACAUGUAAGAGGAAGUUUAGCAUGCUACUUGACCCAACUUCCUGGAACAGCACCCGGAGCCCUUAGCGCUGUGUUUUGUGAUCUCCCUUGUUGUUUUGAACCUGACGGCAGGGGCGGAAGAGUUUUGUUGAUACCAGCACCGUCUGUGAGGCUUGAAGUAAAAUGGUUGCGCUUUUUAACCUGUGAAUCUGAGAGACAUGGCCCAACAGUUAGACAGACCCCUCUUUUCCCUAUGCCUGUUUUGGCCAGACCUCUUCAAAACACCCCCAUUUCCACAGAAAUCAACAACAGCAGCUAUCCAAGUUUAUGGUGGUUUGAAACUAGGGUUGCAAAACAGGUUUUCACAGGUUUUUCAGAUAUCCCGGUUGGAGGAUUCCCUCCUUGAUGAUUCCCUUCAGUUUUACUGGAAAUCCUCCAACCGGGAUUUCUGAAAACCCUGAGAAUUUUGGGAAUGGUUCUGGGAUUUGCAACCCUAUUUCGGACAGAUGGAGCUUAAGACAACAAUCAAUCUCAAAAGCACUUGCUUAACAUCUCAGGUCCAAACGGUUUCCCCCCUUGACGAGGUAACAUUCAGGGAUCACCAUUCUGCACCAUCUUAGCCAUAGACUUUUUAACCAUUGUGUAUGGUGGUGAUGUAGUAACAUUUCUAUAUAGUUUUCAAAUAUUAUGACCUGUUGAAGUCCUAAAUGGUGAAUUGACACAUCUUCUCAUGAAAAACCUUUCUUUUGGCAACAUAUUAGUGUGUGGAUUCAUGGCUCCUUCCACAAUAAGUUGUUAAAAAUCAUUGAAGCGUUGGCAAUAUAAGAAUCAAAACCAAAUAGUUAGCAAUUAUAAUUCAAUUUCAGAAUGAUUUGAAAAUAUACUAUUGGCUUGAAAAUAACUAUCUUGGCUUCCUAACCGAAGGCUUAACAGCAAGGUCUAGUAGUUAGUAGAAUACGGAAACAGCAAGUUCUUAAUACAUAGUCGUUCACUUGUUUUGGACUUGUACAGCUAGCUACCUAGUUUAACUUUGAUCACAUUGGGUUAAGCUUUAUCUGAAUUGGCCUGUAAUUGCAUUCUGGGUGUCAUCAUUCCAUAGCCACGUAAGUCUUAACGUAGCAGUUGAUGUAACAUCAAAAUAUUAUACAUGAGCUUUGUUUACAUUUGUGGAAGACUGGCUCGGUUUCCCAGAGUUGUAAAAGAGGCCAGUUAUAUUUGUUUAGUGGCAAUUCCAUGAUGACGGGUAACUCAGAUUUUUCACUUUCAAAUGUAUACUUAACAAAAACCAUUGAUUUCAAAGUUUAACACAACUACUUUAAACAAUUUCCACUGAACAUUUUACAA